AUGGAGCUGGGGGCGACGGCGCUGCUGCUGCUGUUUGUCACUUCUAGGCACCCCAAGUCUGAGCUGGAGGAGCAGCGCCUGUUCAACUUCUCCCCGGCCGCCCCCUUCGCCCGCGGCCGCGGCUGGCUCGCCUGGGCGCUGUUCGGCGUCGGCAUGGCGCCGCUCGUGGUCGGCGCCACCGCCUUCCUGCUGACCGCGGUCGGUUACGAGUCCGCGGUGUCCGGCGGCCGCGGCACCGUGGACGGCGUGGCUGGCAUGCUGACCGUUGACCUCCCCACUUACGCGCGGCUCGUCGCAGUGACAGGCGUCCUCGCCCCCCUCCUCGAGGAGACCCUUUUCCGCGGCUUCCUCCUGACCUCCCUCUCAUCAUUCAUGUCCACCCCCGCCGCGAUCUUCGCCAGCAGCGUCGCCUUCGGCGUGGCCCACCUCAGCCUGAAGGACCUGCCCGUGCUAAUCGCCCUCGGCUGCCUGCUGGGCGCGCUGUACGUGCGCAGCCGCAAUUUGCUGACGCCCAUGAUCGUGCACGGCGUCUGGAACAGCACGGUGCUGACCAUUCUGUUUGCGCUCACGGCGUCGGGCGUGGACGUGCAGCAGCUGCUCAAAGAGGGAUCCCUCUGA